GCAGCAGAGGAGUUCGGAGGAGGAUGAGCUGCGGCUCGCAGCCGCCCCGUGCCCGCAGCCCAGCCCAGCUUCGGGCUGCCCCUGAGCCCUGGCCGGGACCUGUAGUCCAGGCCCCCCGGGGAGCCACCUCUGGGACCACCUGCUGGCCAGCUGGCAGGAUGGUGCCUGCUGUGUGCCCACCAGUACCUGCUGGCUGAUGUUCCUGCUGUGUGCCCACCAUGCCACCUUCCAUAUCGGCCUUCCAGGCCGCUUACAUUGGCAUCGAGGUGCUCAUCGCCCUGGUGUCAGUGCCCGGGAACGUGCUGGUGAUCUGGGCAGUGAAGGUGAACCAGGCUCUUCGUGAUGCUACCUUCUCCUUCAUUGUGUCGCUGGCUGUGGCCGACGUGGCCGUGGGUGCCCUGGUCAUCCCUCUCGCCAUCCUUAUCAACAUCGGCCCCCAGACCCACUUCUACACCUGCCUCAUGGUGGCCUGCCCUGUGCUCAUCCUCACCCAGAGCUCCAUCCUGGCCUUGCUUGCUAUUGCUGUGGAUCGCUACCUCCGAGUCAAGAUCCCGCUCAGGUACAAGAUGGUGGUGACCCCGAGGAGGGCGUCAGUGGCCAUUGCAGGCUGCUGGCUGCUCUCCUUCCUUGUAGGUCUGACACCCAUGUUUGGCUGGAAUAACCUGGAAAAACUGAAAAAGGAGGCCAAUGGUAGCCUGAAUGAUUUGGUGAUUAAGUGUGAAUUUGAGAAGGUCAUCAGUAUGGAAUACAUGGUAUACUUCAACUUUUUUGUCUGGGUGCUCCCGCCUCUGCUGCUCAUGGUCCUCAUCUACUUGGAGGUCUUCUACCUGAUCCGUAAGCAGCUCAACAAGAAGGUGUCGGGCUCUUCAGGAGACCCCCAGAAGUACUAUGGGAAGGAGCUGAAGAUUGCCAAGUCCCUGGCCCUCAUCCUCUUCCUCUUUGCCCUCAGCUGGCUGCCUCUACACAUACUCAACUGCAUCACCCUUUUCUGUCCAGACUGCCAAAAACCCAGCAUCCUUACCUACAUUGCCAUCUUCCUCACUCACGGUAACUCAGCCAUGAACCCCAUCGUCUACGCCUUCCGCAUCCAGAAAUUUCGGACCACCUUCCUGCAGAUCUGGAACCAGCAUUUCCGAUGCCGGGCAAUGCCCCCAUCUGAUGACGACGAUCCCCCCGAGGAGAAGCUGGAUAAUUAGACCCUGAACCUUCUUGUACCUCAACUUUCCUACUCCCAUCCGCACCCCUCUCCAUUGGGGUACCACAGUGUGUCCUCUACUCCCCUCUGCAAAUCCCAGUCCUUGUCUGCCCAUAGUUUCCUUGGCAGUGCUGUGGGAUAUGAGUAGAGGGCCCUGAAGUGAAAUCCAGAGCCUUAGACCAUCUUCUUGUUAUCUCCAUAUGAUCUGGGUGGUCAUGGGAUGAAUUUUCCUUCCUUUUUACAUGUGCUUGGGGAGAAAAAAGGGGGAUGCCUGUGGAAGUGAAUGGGAUUGGGUUUAUUAUGGAGAAGGAAGGAGGCAAGAUGAGAGUCCCUUUUUCUUCCAGUCAAUAUCAGUGCCCCAUGUAUAAUAAAUUGAGGCAAUAUGAGAGCCCUCCCCCCCCCCCCAGAUGGAAACACUAGAAGAUCUGGAUCAGGGAGAUAUAGAGCCCCUCAGACUUUAGUGUUGUGGCUUGGAGGAGGAUAGAAUAGAAUUUCUGAGUAGAUGUGGGAUAGUUGACAAGAAGGAGAGAGACCUUUCCUUCCUUCCUUCCUCCCUUCCUAACCGUGAAGGAUAAAAAGGUGGUUAGAGAGAGCAAAGGAGACCAAUACCUCUCAUCCGGGUAUGUUUUACUCUAUAGGCAGUGCUGAGUACCUACUCUAACUGCCCCAGCAGUAUAAUCCUACAGAUGGAGAUGAUGUAGAAAGUACUAACUCCCAGGAUACUGCCAAGAGCUCGGGGCCAGGUGGUUUCCAGAAGUAGUGUUUUGUGGACCAUGGGGAUGCAGGGCAGAGAUGGUGCCCCUGAGUGGUGCUGGAACACUCCACCAGGAGGUAGCAUUGGUUCCCCCAUCUAGCCCCCAAAUUCUCUAAUCUUCCUACAAGAAACCAGAGACCCUAAAGAGGAGCUAAGAUACACAGACACAUUGGAGAUGAGACCACUCCAGAAUUCUGAGCUUUUCCGUUUAUCUGAGGAGGCCAGCUGGAACUCCGUUACCCCAAUUUAGGAAGAAAUAAUUUCUUUCAGAAAGACUGGAAUUCUGAAGCUAGGGCUGGAGCCCAUAGGAGGGGUGAACAGGGCACAGGUGCCAAGACAUCCUUGGUACCAUCCUGGGAGCUAUAUGAGGAGGAAGAGUUAUACUAAUAAAUGGAGCUCAUCUGCCAGCAUGAGGUGGAAGUGAAUGUAGGAAACACAGCCCCUGCUGUGAAUGUGCCCAGUGCUCACCCACUUGGGAAGUUACCCUGCUCAGUCUCAAAAGCUGAGUGAGAAGUAUUUAAUACCAUUUAAGUGGGAAGAGAAAGGCCUUUAAAAAAAGGUGAACUGAUGAGCCUAGCUGUUCUAUUUUGGUUUUGUACUAUACCCCAAAGGCAUCCUGGGAUGAAAAAGUGACAAGGUAGGAGCUGAUAGAGGGGAAGUCAGGCUGAGUUUGAAUCCUGGGUUCUAGGUCAGAUCCCCAUCAGUUUGCCUCAGCUUUCCUCAGUGUGGAAUGGGGGAUUGGAAGGCAUUGGCUCCCAGACUGGGGAAGAAGACUGACCAAUAAAGGAUCAUGAAAACAACAAGAUAGAA